CCAGGAAUCAUUAUUUAAGACGGAGCGCCAGUACGCAAAGGUAAUUCCUCUGCGUGCUAGGGACUUCUCACCUACUUCUUCAGACGUAAUCAUACACCAAGAGAAUGGAACACAUAUCACACAAUCCUCCAGCUCUUGUUCAUCAAGACCUCUCCUCAGCUGUUGCCGUCCCAUUACAUCAGUUCUAUCGCCCGGCGACUGGGAAGGAUCGAUACAGUCGCGUCGAGCGGUACCAGCUCGAAACCCAUCUUCUCACUGCUCAAAUUGAAACUCUGCAAUCUCACGUCACGGCCUACAUCAACGACCAACCUCCUAACGACCUAAACUACACCCCUAACCCGCUUUCUAUUAUCGCGACCCGACACAGUAGCGAACGAGAUGAGAUCAAGUCCUCCCGGGACCUCGCAAAAGAGGUUCAGAAACUGAGGAUGAGAAGGGAAGAACUCUUAGCUGCGAGGGAACGGAUGAAGACUGAAUAUGAAGAACGUCAACUCUCAAGGCGAAUCAGAUAUCCACCUUCUCGGAUGGACAGAGUUCCUCGGUGAUCAAGCAAUUCCGGUGUUUCCUCCGAUCUUCUUGA